ACAUCCUAGAAACUCGGCCUCCUUAAACUCACAUAAAAAACAAAAACUCAAAUUCAGUGAACAAACAAGAAGAAGAAGAAGAACUCUCAACUCAACCAUGUCUGACGAGGAGCACCACUUCGAAUCAAAGGCUGAUGCUGGAGCCUCCAAAACUUACCCUCAACAAGCUGGAACCAUCCGCAAGAAUGGUUAUAUUGUCAUCAAGAACCGUCCUUGCAAGGUGGUUGAAGUUUCCACUUCGAAGACAGGAAAGCAUGGACAUGCAAAGUGCCACUUCGUGGGAAUUGAUAUCUUUACCGGGAAGAAGCUUGAAGAUAUUGUUCCUUCAUCCCAUAACUGUGAUGUUCCUCAUGUUAAUCGUACCGACUAUCAGUUGAUCGAUAUUUCUGAAGAUGGUUUUGUGAGUCUUCUUACUGAAAACGGGAACACCAAGGAUGAUUUAAGGCUUCCCACUGAUGAUAACCUGCUUAGCCAGAUUAAAGAUGGGUUUGCUGAAGGAAAGGACCUUGUGGUGUCUGUUAUGUCUGCAAUGGGAGAGGAGCAGAUCUGCGCCCUUAAGGACAUUGGUCCGAAGUAAGAAUAUUAAAUAUGAUGCUAUGGCAUUAGCCAUAGCUGAUGGAAAGAGAACUCUACAUAUGUUGCUAACGUGGAGAUUAUCUACUAUCCAUGAGUUUGUUCUAUCCAUGAGUACAACAAACUUCUAUUAAGAUAGUAUUUUAGCUGUUUAUUACAACUCUUCAGGUUUGUGAUGAACAAAAUGGAAAGAGAAUAGGCGUUGCCAAAUCUCAUGAUGAAGGGAAUUUAUGUUGACAACGUGAUGGAUUUAUAUAUAUUUUAUUAUUCUAUUA